GCGGCUGCCGGCAGGGCGGCGGGAGCGCGCGGCGCCGCGGAGGCCGCUCCUCUGCGGAUCCCGGCGGGAGAGGGGAGGGCCGGGGAGGACCAGGCGCCCGGGGCGGCCGCGGACAUGUGCAGGAUGUCCUUCAAGAAGGAAACUCCACUUGCCAACGCCGCGUUCUGGGCAGCAAGGAGAGGAAACCUGGCACUGCUGAAGCUGUUGCUGAACAGCGGCCGGGUGGACGUGGACUGCAGAGACAGUGUACGGGAGGACCGUAUGGCACCACCCUCCUGAUGGUCGCAGCCUACGCUGGUCACAUAGACUGCGUGAGGGAACUGGUACUGCAAGGAGCAGACAUCAAUCUCCAAAGAGAGUCAGGUACAACCGCCCUGUUUUUUGCUGCCCAACAAGGCCACAAUGACGUCGUAAGAUUCCUCUUUGGAUUUGGGGCAUCCACUGAAUUUAGGACCAAAGACGGGGGCACUGCCCUGUUGGCUGCCAGCCAGUACGGGCACAUGCAGGUGGUGGACACCUUGCUGAAGCAUGGAGCCAACAUCCAUGACCAACUUUAUGAUGGAGCCACUGCCCUCUUCCUAGCUGCCCAAGGUGGUUACCUGGAUGUCAUUCGAUUAUUGUUGUCUUCAGGAGCAAAAGUCAACCAGCCAAGGCAGGACGGGACGGCGCCCCUGUGGAUCGCGUCCCAGAUGGGCCACAGCGAGGCGGUGCGGGUGAUGCUGCUGCGCGGAGCCGACCGCGACGCCACGCGGAACGACGGUACAACAGCAUUAUUGAAAGCAGCCAACAAAGGAUAUAAUGAUGUCAUAGAGGAGUUGCUUAAGUUCUCACCUUCUCUUGGUAUUUUGAAGAAUGGGACAUCGGCGCUCCACGCAGCAGUGCUCAGCGGGAAUAUCAAAACAGUGGCCUUGCUCCUGGAAGCAGGGGCAGACCCGUCCCUGAGAAACAAGGCCAAUAAACUUCCGGCAGAACUAACCAAAAAUGAACGUAUAUUGCGUCUCCUCCGAAGUAAAGAAGGUCACAGAAAAAGCUAACUUAGUUUUUUGUGUGACAGAAAGGUGGAAACCUUGACCUCAUUGUCCAAAAAUUGCUUUUCAAUCAGUGUUGGAAAUUCUUUUAAGAAAGAAAAUGCCCAGAAUGGCCACCCUGGGGGUCCCUGACAAAGAAGAGCUAUGCUCUGUGCACUGAGUCAAGAACAGAGCAACUCAGGGACCUCUUCCUGCAACUCCUUACCAUGGGCUUCUCACACUGCCCUGUAACUCAGCUCCAGGGGGCCUGGCAUAUUCAUGGAUUCCACAGAAACUCGUUUCAGCUGUGCUGAUGUGGGUCUCUCACUUAAACUCUAAGAUGGACAGGGUUCUCAGUACUAAACAAGGAGACAUAAAGCUUUGUUCCUCUAAAACUCAAAGGCCAACCUUCAAUGAAUUGAUGCACUUUUGCUUUUGUGUUAAAUGUAGGUGCUCUAAAAUAUAUAGAUCCAUCAUGUUUUACAUACAUAUGUAUGUCAUUCGAGUGGAAAAUGUUUUCGUCUACCCAAGGGUCAUAGCCAUGAUUAUUAUGAAUCAAUGAUAUGUAAACAUACAUUAUUAAAAAGCCACUUCUGACAUUCCUCCAUGUACUACUUGAAGAAGGACAGUCGAACUAUAGAAAAAACAAAUGUCGCAUUUGAUCCUCAUCUUAUUUCUAAUAUGCAAAAAUCAUUUUUAUUUAGACUCUAUGUUAUAGGGAUGUUAGGUUACCAGUGGAGUGUUGGGAAAUUCAUAAAAUUACAAACCACAAGAAAUUUAGGCUUGUCUCUUUGAUCUUUUAUUUUGGUUCUACUGUUGGGAAUCUAUUUCCCAGGCUGUAAGUAAGUAGACCUAAUAUGCUGUGGAAUCUUGAGCUUCCAAUACUGCAUUGCUUGAUACAGUGACUUUGAGGUCCUUGGAUAAAAUGUGAUAUAUUCAAGUACAAAGUGUUACUAUUGCAGGAGUAUAUAUAAUAAAAGACUGUUAUUAGCAUUUAAUAAGUGUUCAUCUAUGCAUGUUCUUGGGUUGCUCUAAGAAAGAAGACUGAGCUUUAUUGAAUUAUUCCUUUGAGCAGGAUCGAAGUUUAUAUUCAAUGCACUUUAUAAUCAGUGGUGUCUAAAUGUCUCAGUCAGUGCCUAACUGCACACACAGAAAUUAAACUUUAUUUCUUUAAUCUACCA